CCCAGCCGGACGCUGUAAGCAGAAUGCUGCCCUAGCUCGCCGCGCUCGCUCCAUGGCUGCUGACGUCUGACCGUUAGCAGCUUCCGUCCCUUGGCCUUACCAUGCACUAAUUGUAGAAAGUAUGCUCCCUGGUUGGUGAUUGUCAUCAUUGAUUGGCUGUGAGACGGUUGUGGAGAUGACUGCAUCGACAUCCGCAUCCUAUACACAGCCGAGUAACCCACCAGUCGCCGAUUUCACUAGAAACGGCGGCCGCGUUGGCUACCGUGCGGCGCUUAUUGGAACUCUUGAAGCUUGAUAUACAAAUACAAAGACUCGGUAACUUGUAGAAUGAAUUGAACACCCCCGCGUACGUCCCUUCGCUUUGUCCCAGAUUAUCUCCUUUCCUUUAGCCAUGUUCUCCGCCAUGGUGUCGUCCAAUGCCGUUGCCAUCUUGGCCAUCUUGGCGUUUGGAGGAGUCGAUGCUCUCAGUCACCCAAAGGAUAAGGCCGCUCUCUCGACAACAGCCCAUUACGCUACCGUUUCCGCUUCGGCCUACUCAGCUACGACUGCCGCUGCAUCUCACGGUAGCCACACAUCUGCUAGUGGCCCCGACGAUGAUUAUUGCGAAGACGACUCGGCAACAACUCUCUCCACGAUCGUGACUCUCACGGGGGUAUCUCAAAGCAGCCACACAGGUGCAAGUGAUCCCGAUGAUGAUGCUUGCGAGGAUGAGGACUACGAAUACAUUCCGUCGCCAACGACUCUCUCCACGAUCGUGUCCGUUUCUCAAUCAGCCUACUCUUCUCCUCCGACGGUAGUAUCUCACAAUGGACACGCGCCGAAGACCUGCAAGGCGGUUGCUCCCCCACCAGCUCGUCUCACCUGCGGAACAGAAGGAUACAUCAGCCAGAACGAGUUGACGGGAAGAUGGCCGGUCCAGAAGAAGAACAGCCUCGCAGAGUGUGCUACUCUCUGUUACACAGGCCCCGACUGCACGGCUUUCCAUUACCGAGAGGAUGGAAACUGCCAGAUAUUCAUCAAAACGUGGGCCUCGUAUGGAUUCUACCCAAGCACGAGUGGGACGUAUUGGUAUCAGAAAGAAUGUUUCGAGUGUUCUGAUGCCGACGCGGUACUUGAUGUUGAUUUCCACGAUCGUAACGUUUCCAACUGGUCACUCAAAACCGAAGUCGACGGCUCCUUCUAUAUGGACGUCCAGACCGCCGAUGGAAUUCCCGCGUUGAGAAUUCUAGAAUCGGCAACCGAAGGAGAAGCCCAAGUGAACUACCUGCCUGAAUUCGAGGUCGAGGCGGAAACUACAUACGAACUGGUAUUCAACGCCAGGAGCAAUCUUCCCGUCAAUCAACAAACCGGCAUGCCCGAGACCGACUUCAAGCUCCUGACAUUCUACGUCUACACGCACGACGAUGUCAUCUUCGAGACCAUUCCUGUGAAUGGUGCCUGGACUGGCGGUCAGGGUUGGUUAAAAUUCAGUAGCAAAUUUGUUGUGCAAAAGGGGGAAGAAGGUGCUGCGACACUGGCCUUCACUGUUCACGCAAGCGGGUCGCAGCUUGAUUGGUACUUGGGUUAUCUUUACAUUAAGAAAGUGUAAUGCUUGCUUAAAUCGCCAAAGGAGG